AUGGAGGGCGGAGAAGGUUCUGGUGGUGGCGGCGAGCCGACCAAGUACCGCGGGGUGCGGCGCCGGCCAUGGGGCAAGUUCGCGGCGGAGAUCCGGGACUCGAGCCGGCACGGCGUGCGCAUGUGGCUCGGCACCUUCGACACCGCCGAGGAGGCCGCCGCGGCGUACGACCGCUCCGCCUACUCCAUGCGCGGCCGCAACGCCGUCCUCAACUUCCCCGACCGGGCGCACAUCUACGAGGCCGAGGCCAGGCGCCAGGGCCAGGGUUCUUCAUCGUCGUCCAGGCAGCAGAACCAGCAGCAGGGGCAGAGCGGGGUGAUCGAGUUCGAGUACCUGGACGACGACGUGCUGCAGUCCAUGCUCCACGACCACGACAAAUCCAACAAGUAGAUCUAUCAUCGACCGUUUGAUCGGUAAUACCUACUUACUGUAUCAUCCCGCCGGCCGGCGACAUCAACCUGCAUGCAGGCCUGAUCGGGCGCGGAUGCACCCUACGUAUGCAUGCCGGCCGG